AUGCACAAGAAGCGCGAGCUCGGAGACGAUUCCUCGGACGAGGACAUCCCGCUGUCUAAGCGCAUUAAGAAGGUCAAGGAAGAGGUACCUGCAGCAGGUGCUGCUCCUGCUGCUGCUGCUGCUGCAGCAGCAGCAGCAGCAGCAGGUGCUGCAGCAGGUAUAGAGAAUGAGUGUAAAGGAGUUGCUGCUAAUUCAGCUGUGAAGGAGGAAAUCAGCAGCAGCAACAACAACGGCAGCAGCAGCAGCAGCAGCAGCACGACUAGCACCAGCAACGGGAGCAGCAACAGCAAUUGCAGUGCACCAACAGCACCAACAGCAGCAGCAGCAGCAACAGCAGCAGCAGCAGCAGCAGCAAAGCCUGCAGCAGCAGCAGCAGUAAGCGGUUCCCUUGCUGCAGCAUUACGUAACGUAAAGAGUGACCCCUCUGCUGAUUCUGCUGCUGCUGCAGCAGCAGCAGCAGCAGCAGGAUCUCCAGCAGCAGCAGGUUCCCCCUCAGCAGCAGUAUCCCCCUCAGCAUCAGCAACACCAACCCCAGCAGCAGCAGCAGCAGCAGCAGCAGGAGUAAUAAAAAAAGAAUUAAAUAAUAGACCUACUUCUUCUUCUCCUUCUCCUGGAUUAACAAGAAGAAGAAACAAAUACACAAAAACAGAAGAAAACUUUGAGCCUAUAUCUAGAUGGUGGGAGAGAGAUCUAUCCCAAUUAGAGAAUAAUCUUGUACAAUGGCAAUAUUUAGAGCAUAAUGGAUUAAUGUUUGCUCCUCCUUAUGAACCUCAUGGGGUUUGUAUUGAUUAUAAAGGACAAACUGUUUCUUUACCACCAGAGGCAGAAGAAGUUGCUAAUUUCUGGUGUGGUGUAUUAGAGAGUGACUAUUCAACAAAAAUACGUUUUGUUAGAAAUUUUUGGCGAGCAUUUUUGUCUAAGUUACCAGCAGAUCAUAUAAUAAAAAAAGAUCCUAAACAUACACAAGUUCGUAUACCUCCUGCUGCUGCUGAUGGUGCUGCUGCUGCUGCACCUGCUGCUGGUGGUGGUGGUGGUGGUGGUGGUGGUGGUUCUAGCGGUGGUAGUACUGCAGCAGAUGGAGAAGCAGCAGCAACACCUCCUGCUGCUGAUGGAUCAGCAGCAACAGCAGCAGCAACAGCAACAGCAGAAGAUGCAGGAGGGUUUGAGGUCUGUGAUUUCUCAAGGAUUAAGAAGUACCUCGAUGCACAAAAAGAGGCAAAGAAAAAUCUAUCCAAGGAAGAAAAAGAGGUAAAAUAUAUGUAUUUAGCAGCGCAAUCAGGAUUUAAAGGACAACAAGAUUUUUUAAAGUAUGAGAAAGCAAGAAGAUUAAAAAAUUAUGUAAAUAAAAUAAGAGAAGAUUAUCAUAAAAAGAUGAAAAGUUAUGAUCAUAUUGAUAAACAAUUAGGUACUGCUACUUAUUUAAUUGAUUUCUUAGCAUUAAGAGUUGGAGGAGAAAAAGAUACAGAUGAGGAAGCGGAUACAGUAGGGUGCUGUAGUUUAAGGGUUGAGCAUAUUUCCUUUGAUGCGGAGAAGAUGGAGGUUACGUUAGAUUUUCUUGGCAAAGAUUCUAUUAGAUACUAUAAUACUGUUAAGAUAGACCCUCAAGCAUUUAAGAACCUCCAAGGGUUUUGUAAAGGAAAGAAAGCAGAUGCAGAUGUAUUUGAUUCUAUUAAUAGUACGUCAUUAAAUAAUCAUCUAAAACAAUUAAUGCCUGGACUAAGCGCAAAAAUGUUUAGGACUUAUAAUGCUAGUAUAACCCUACAACAAGAACUAGAAAAAUUACAGCCAACAUUGACGAAAUUUAAGGAAGAUUUAGAGAAGGAAAGAUUAAAGAAAGAGGCAAAAGGAAAGACUAAAAAAGGAGUAAAAGCUGAGCAGCAAGCUGCAGCUGCAGCAGCAGCAGCAGCAGCAACAGCAGCAGCAACAACAACAGCUGCAGCAACAGCAGCAGCAGCAUCUGCAUCAGCAGCAGAUGAUGAUGAUGAUGAUGAUUUACCAUUAAAAGAAAAGAAAAUAAAAACAGAAAAAGAAAAAGAAAAAGAAAAAGAAAAAGAAGAAAAACCUAUCCUUAAUGUAGAUAUAUCUGAUGUUAAUCAACUUGUUCAAUUCUACAAUGAUGCUAAUAGGGGCGUAGCAAUUCUAUGUAACCAUCAACGAUCCGUACCUAUGCAGCACUUGAAAUAUCCUGUGUUGGAAAUUUUUCACAUUUGA